AUGACAGUGCUCCUCGCGCACGUAUUCACCAUUCUGGUGACUGUUCUCCAAUUCGCCGCGGCAAACUUCGACCUCUACCAUAUCCAUGGCGUAAAGGCUGAAGGACCUUGGCCCGGUACGGAGAUAAACGGUUGGCAACUCCAAAACGACAACCCCGGCUGUGAACAAGUCGAUCUAUACGCGUCCUGGCCGGACUCGAGUGACCUGAGCCACGACCGGCUCGGCAUCCGCUGCGAGGGCAAGUGCGGCUACGGCGACGCGCCGUGGCCCGACGUCAAGCUCAUCGAGAUGCACUUCACUAACCACUACCACUUUACUAUCUACAAGGACCGAGGUCACGACGUCAACGGUGCGUGGCGAUGGUAUCUCUACGGCACCGAAGGCAAAUCUUACGGAGAAUGCUUUGCAUGGGGAGACUACAACUGGGAUUGCAAGUGGCCCGACAAGCACUUAUCGGUGAAGGGCUUCCGCAAGUUCCGCUGCAUAACUGAUGUCGAUGCAAACGCGAUCAACGAUGCGUAUAAGAAGGAAGGUGGUCGGGCCUUGGCGGCUGUCAGCAAUUCGACCGCGGUUGCUGGGAGGGUUUGA